GGGACGCAAGCCGGGAGGAAAGGGGGAGUUCAGAAGGCAGCGGCGCUGGAGCGCUCCUCUCGGGGACCAGCUGACCCCGGGAGCGAGGACAUCGCUCCGCACCGCUCUUCCGCCUGCCGCCAAGCCGUCCCUUCUCGCUAUGUCCCAGAGCAGGCAUCACGCCGCGGCCCCGCCGCUGGAGCGCGAGGACAGCGGGACCUUCAGUUUGGGGAAGAUGAUUACAGCUAAGCCAGGGAAAACACCAAUUCAGGUAUUACACGAAUACGGCAUGAAGACCAAGAACAUCCCGGUUUAUGAAUGUGAAAGAUCGGAUGUGCAAAUACACGUACCCACUUUCACCUUCAGAGUAACCGUUGGUGACAUAACCUGCACAGGUGAAGGUACAAGUAAGAAGCUGGCGAAACAUAGAGCUGCAGAGGCUGCCAUAAACAUUUUGGAAGCCAAUGCAAGUAUUUGCUUUGCAGUUCCUGACCCCUUAAUGCCUGACCCUUCUAAGCAACCAAAGAAUCAGCUUAACCCUAUUGGUUCAUUACAGGAGUUGGCUAUUCAUCAUGGCUGGAGACUUCCUGAAUAUACCCUUUCCCAAGAGGGAGGACCUGCGCAUAAGAGAGAAUAUACCACAAUUUGUAGGCUAGAGUCAUUUAUGGAAACUGGAAAGGGGGCAUCAAAAAAUCAAGCCAAGAGAAACGCUGCUGAGAAAUUUCUUGCCAAAUUCAGUAAUAUUUCUCCAGAGAACCACAUUUCUUUAACAAACGUAGUAGGCCAUUCUUUAGGAUGUACUUGGCAUUCGUUGAGGAAUUCUCCUGGUGAAAAGAUCAACUUACUGAAAAGGAGCCUCCUCAGUAUUCCAAAUACAGAUUACAUCCAGCUGCUUAGUGAAAUCGCUAAGGAACAAGGUUUUAAUAUAACAUAUUUGGAUAUAGAAGAACUGAGCGCCAACGGACAGUAUCAGUGUCUCGCCGAACUCUCCACCAGCCCCAUCACGGUCUGUCAUGGCUCUGGGAUCUCCUGUGGCAACACGCAGAGCGACGCCGCUCACAAUGCCCUACAGUAUUUAAAGAUAAUAGCAGAAAGAAAGUGAGCCUGGAGCAACUCCCGGAGCCCUCAGUAGCACAGAAGAACUCCCCCUGCGCCCCUCACCAAGUAAAAUGUUUACUACAUUUGAGUUUGUGUGUUGUUUCUAAAUCUCUACCUAGAUUCCAUCAACACUCCAGAAUUAACGACCUCCUCGUAGUUCUUAAACUCUUUUUAAUGGCUUCAACUUUGUACUGGUAUAUUGUAUUUAUAAACUUUGUACCA